GGUCGCGGGACUGCCCUCCCACGUUGCUAUGACGAUGAGACUGGCGGGCAGACAGCCUUCAGAGCUAAGUGCUGGCUGAAGCAGGUGUCAGAUUGCGAUGAGCUAGGUGGUUCUGGGAUUACUCAGAGCCCCAGGAGUGUCUCUGGAAAGUCGGGCUACUAUUCUGCUGCAUCCCUCUCGGACAGCUCCUUAACUCCACCGGAACAGGCAGAGUGAAAAUGGUCCACCACUCAGGCUCCAUUCAGUCCUUUAAGCAGCAAAAAGGUAUGAAUGUGAGCAAAAGUGAGAUAACAACAGAAACUUCAUUGAAACCAUCUCGGAGAUCCUUGCCUUGCUUGGCUCACAGCUAUGCUCCUUCAAAAAGCUUGAGCCAAUCUGCUUCACUCUUCCAGUCAACUGAGAGUGAAUCUCAGGCUCCAACUUCUGUAACAUUUCUUUCUGCUGAUAAGCCUGAGCAUGUUAAUUCUGAGGAGAGUAAAAAAGACUCUACUCUCAAAUGUUCCUUUGCAGAUUUCAGUGAGUUUUGCUUGGCUCUAGGAAGAGAUAAGGAUUACAUGGAUGAAUCUGAACAUGCCAACUAUGACCGAUCUCAUCUCCUUAAUGAAUUUGUUAUCAAAGAUAAGCCUGAAUCAAAGACAAAAUUAUCUAAGAAUGACAUGAAUUACAUAGCAUCCAGUGGACUCUUAUUUAAAGAUGGCAAAAAGCGAAUUGAUUACAUACUGGUUUAUCGAAAGACAAACAUCCAAUAUGACAAAAGAAACACAUUUGAAAAGAACCUCAGAGCAGAAGGCUUGAUGUUGGAAAAGGAGCCAGCUAUUGCAAACCCCGAUAUUAUGUUUAUUAAAAUUCAUAUUCCGUGGGACACACUGUGCAAGUAUGCAGAGAGGUUGAACAUCAGGGUGCCCUUCAGGAAAAAAUGUUACUACACUGACCAGAAGAACAAAUCAAUGAGCAGGGUACAAAAUUAUUUCAAAAGAAUAAAAAAAUGGAUGUCCCAAAACCCAAUGGUUCUUGACAAGUCAGCGUUUCCAGAACUGGAGGAGUCAGACUGCUACACUGGUCCUUUCAGCAGAGCCAGGAUUCACCACUUCAUAAUAAAUAAUAAGGACACCUUCUUCAGCAAUGCUACUCGAAGCAGGAUAGUUUAUCACAUGCUGGAGCGCACCAAAUAUGAAAAUGGAAUAUCAAAAGUGGGUAUCCGUAAGCUUAUAAAUAAUGGCUCAUACAUAGCAGCAUUCCCCCCACAUGAGGGAGCCUAUAAGAGUAACCUGCCCAUCAAAACCCAUGGACCUCAGAAUAACAGGCAUCUGUUGUAUGAGCGCUGGGCACGUUGGGGAAUGUGGUACAAGCAUCAGCCUCUGGACUUAAUCAGGCUCUACUUUGGUGAGAAGAUUGGUUUGUACUUCGCAUGGCUGGGAUGGUAUACUGGCAUGCUGAUUCCUGCAGCGGUUGUUGGCCUGUGUGUUUUCUUCUACGGAUUAGUUACAAUGAAUGAAAGUCAAGUAAGCCAAGAAAUUUGUAAAGCCACUGAAGUCUUCAUGUGCCCUCUCUGUGACAAGAAUUGUUCAUUGCAGAGACUCAAUGACAGCUGCAUCUAUGCCAAGGUAACAUAUUUGUUUGAUAAUGGAGGGACAGUCUUCUUUGCUAUUUUUAUGGCAAUAUGGGCCACAGUCUUUCUUGAGUUUUGGAAAAGAAGAAGAAGUAUACUGACCUAUGCUUGGGAUCUUAUUGAAUGGGAAGAAGAGGAGGAAACACUUCGCCCCCAGUUUGAAGCAAAAUAUUACAGAAUGGAGGUGAUAAACCCCAUCACAGGGAAACCUGAGCCUCACCAGCCUUCAUCUGACAAAGUCACACGUCUUCUUGUGUCUGUCUCAGGAAUUUUCUUCAUGAUCUCCUUGGUCAUCACAGCUGUGUUUGCAGUUGUUGUGUACCGCCUGGUUGUCAUGGAACAGUUUGCAUCAUUCAAGUGGAAUUUCAUCAAGCAGCACUGGCAGUUCGCUACAUCUGCUGCUGCUGUCUGUAUCAAUUUCGUAAUCAUCAUGCUGCUGAAUCUUGCUUAUGAAAAAAUUGCAUACCUCCUCACUAACUUAGAAUAUCCUCGAACAGAAUCAGAAUGGGAAAACAGCUUUGCCUUGAAAAUGUUCCUUUUCCAAUUUGUCAAUCUGAACAGUUCUAUCUUCUAUAUUGCAUUUUUUCUGGGAAGAUUCGUAGGCCACCCAGGAAAAUACAAUAAACUUUUUGAGCGAUGGAGACUGGAGGAAUGCCAUCCUAGUGGCUGUCUGAUAGACCUCUGCCUGCAGAUGGGAGUCAUCAUGUUUUUGAAGCAAAUAUGGAACAACUUCAUGGAGCUGGGAUAUCCGUUAAUCCAAAACUGGUGGUCACGACAUAAAAUCAAGCGGGGAAUACAGGAUGCUUCCAUACCACAAUGGGAAAAUGACUGGAAUCUUCAGCCCAUGAACAUUCAUGGACUCAUGGACGAGUACUUAGAAAUGGUUCUGCAAUUUGGUUUCACUACCAUCUUUGUUGCUGCUUUUCCUCUGGCCCCUCUUCUGGCUUUGUUAAACAACAUCAUAGAAAUAAGAUUGGAUGCAUAUAAAUUUGUGACCCAGUGGAGGAGGCCUCUGCCAGCUCGAGCAACUGACAUAGGUAUCUGGCUUGGAAUUCUUGAGGGAAUUGGCAUACUGGCUGUGAUCACCAAUGCGUUUGUAAUUGCUAUUACAUCUGACUACAUCCCACGUUUUGUCUACGAAUACAAAUAUGGCCCUUGUGCAAAUCAUGUAAAGCAGAAUGAGAAUUGCCUAAAAGGAUAUGUCAACAAUAGCCUAUCCUUCUUUGACCUGAGUGAACUUGGGAUGGGAAAAUCUGGUUACUGCAGGUACCGAGACUACAGAGGCCCACCUUGGAGUUCCAAACCCUAUGAGUUCACGUUACAGUACUGGCACAUUCUCGCCGCUCGACUGGCCUUCAUUAUUGUGUUUGAGCACCUUGUGUUUGGGAUUAAGUCAUUCAUUGCAUACCUGAUUCCAGAUAUACCAAAGGGCCUCCGUGAGCGCAUUCGACGAGAGAAAUACUUAGUCCAAGAAAUGAUGUAUGAGGCUGAACUGGAGCAUUUACAGCAACAGAGGAGAAAAAGUGGUCAGCCUAUUCACCAUGAAUGGCCUUAGGCGGUGCCUGUUAACCAAAAGGGGAAGUACCAUUAGUGUGAAGGGAUGAGGCCCUUGAAAUGUAGAUGGGAUCCAAAAGGAAGGCAUAGUUGGCAAAACCAUAUGUAUAAAAUGCUACUUGAAAAUACAUCACAGCAGCCUCUGGGAUUGGAAUGCUCACACUUCUAAGCAAUGAAAAGACUUGUGACCUCCAAAGGGAUGCAACUGACAUGGCAGGGAGCCAGGCUCUGAUUCUCAGAGCAAGCCCUCAGGGGAGUUCUGUGUUUGGAGUCCACCCAGUUCCAUCAACAGCAGAGCAAGUAGGAAAUGCAAUGAUGAAAUUUCCAGACACAGAUUUCCACGUAAAUGUUCACAAGCUGGGAGUACUAAUCAGAUUCUAGGACAUGAAGUUGAGUUCAGGUAUUCACAAGAAAUGAGUUAAAUCAGUUGUUGGCUCUGAUGUCAGAACUCCAUGUCCCUUCAUCUUGCAGGCUAGUGGAGUUGUUUUGGUCUCAUUGAGGUAAUGGGUGUAUACACAUGGCAUUUAUGCUGCUUUAUGUCAACUAUGCACUUGAACAGUUGCACAUCACCAUAGUAGUCAAACCAAAAAUCCAAGUUCCAAAAAGAACACCUUGGAAUAAUUCUAUUACAUUGGCUGUGUUUAAGUUUGCUUUAUCACUCAGAGCCAAGUGCACUGCCCAUUUUUUAAAUUAAUGAAUGCCACAGAUCCACUUUAAAUAUAUGAAUGCCUAUUCUUAUAUCAUGUAGACAUGAUUAAUUUGCACUUUACUGAAGAAGCUUAUCUUAUAUUCUCUUCCAUGUGUUCCUCUCUGAAUUAUUACCAAUCAAAUAGAACACUAUGUUGAACCAAUGUAAAUAUGUCAAUGUUCCUUCACUGUAUGCACUUUUUACACUGUGUAAUACAAGUUCCAGCUUAUGGAACUCUAAGACUAGUUACACAGGAUGCUACUGUAAUCUAUCUGUUCAUUCAGGAAAUCCAAAGCCAAAUGUUCUGCAGCACUUAUGCUUUUUCUAUUAUGUGCACUAUCAGUUAUGAGCUAAUGGAAUAAUGCAUGCAUAAAGUGUAUUAUUUGCAUAAAACACCUUUCUGAGUUUCACCUUUUAAUCAUGGAAUAGAGAUUUCUUGGUUUUGGUAUGUUUUGUUUUGUUUUUUUGAUGAGUUGAUUUUUAUUUAAUUUCAAAACUCUAGAAACUAAGUCAAAUUAAUUAUGAAGAUCAUAAUUUCGUUUGUUGUAAAUCCUUAUUUGAAUGUAAAUUUUGUCCACACACUGGAGGAGCACAAAUGAAGGUAUAUUCAACUCAAGAAAGUUCAGAGAAAGCAUAAAUUAAGAAGGAAGAAUAGAAUGAAAGGCAAGAGGUGAAGUAGAUGGAUAUAUGAUAAAAAUCAAUAGCCCUUCCCUUGCAAGAAAAGAUGGGCCAAGCAUUUUUCCCUUGAGAAUAAGGUGGGAAAUCACACAGAGAACACACACAUACACAUACACAUACACACAGAAAGAGAGCAUGAUUUGUUCAGUUUGCUUUUGUUCAGUUAAGCAAAACAGAAAUAUUUACAAAAUUUAAAAUAUUGGAUUAGGCACACACAAAAAUAAAACUACUUUACACACAUACUAGUGGAUCUCUAUCAAGGAAGUUAGUUUCAUUCACUGGAAGUGUGUUGUCCUAAUUCUAACACUUAAAAAAAGCUUUGUUGACUUAAUUAUGGUUGUUUUAUAGUUUCCCCCAAAGACAUUCACUUGUCUACUUUCCUUGUGAUUCUGGGCCAGGUAUAUGCCCUGGGACUCUAAAUUCUUCCACAGAUCUGAAAAUGUAGUUCAGUGGUAGUGUGUGUCUAGCAUGCAUGAGGCACACAUAGACUCAACUUUGAUCACCACUAAAUACACACACACACACACACACACACACACACACACACACAUAUAAUAC